AAAAAGCAGUAUGCGCCACCAAACAACGUCGCCACUCAGCAGAAUCGGGCCCACAGCGUCUCUACGGGACGCCGAGCCGGACUUCAUAGGCCCGAUUGAAAACGUGACGGUCGCACUGGGCAGGGAGGCAGUGCUGACCUGUUCUGUCUCUGACUUGGGGGACUAUAAGGUGGCGUGGAUUCGGGCCGACGACCAGACAAUCUUGACCCUGCACACUCGUCUCGUGACGCACAGCUCGCGGUACGCCGUGACAAACGACUCGCCUCGCUCGUGGCAGCUCCACAUACGGCCUCUGAAGGUAGAAGACCGAGGCUGCUAUAUGUGCCAGAUCAACACCAGCACCAUGAAGAAGCAGAUUGGCUGCGUUGAUGUUUUAGAAUUCAGUUGA